UGCUUCUUUAUCCGCUUGUUCAAUUUUCCCCUCUCCUACUGGGUAUCCUUUUAAUCGUUUGAUUUAGCGGGUAGGAUUUUAUGGCGCAAGGUGCGAGGUAGCUGCUGCAGCAAGAGCACCAAAUGGGUCGAGCGACAAGGUGGUUUCUUGGGCUUCUCGGUGGAAAGAAGUCGACCGCUGGCUGCUUGCCGGGGGAAAAUCGGCCGGUCAAGGAGAAGAAGAGAUGGGGGUUCGUGAAGUCGUUCCGAGAGAAGGACAAAGCUCAGCAGCAAAAACAAUGGCCGCCGCCGAUAACGACGCCUCCGUCGGAGCAGAGAAAGGGUUCGUAUAGGGAGAGAAGGAUGGGGUCGCUUUCGGAAGGCGACGAACAAGGAAAGCGCGCCAUUGCCGUGGCUGCAGCGACUGCAGCCGCCGCAGAAGCCGCGGUUGCCGCCGCUCAGGCAGCUGCCGCUGUGGUACGGCUCACGACAAGCGGCAGGUCUGUCGGAUUCAGCUCGUCAGGAGGGUUAAAACGGGACGAGUGGGCUGCCAUCAAGAUCCAGGCGGCAUUCCGUGGUUAUUUGGCGAGGAGAGCUCUGAGAGCGCUGAGAGGACUGGUAAAGCUUCAGGCUUUAGUCAGAGGAAAUAUUGUAAGGAAGCAGGCUGCGGAGACUCUCCGAUGCAUGCAAGCUCUUGUUAGGGUUCAGGCCCGUGCCCGUACCUGCCGGGCGCUUCUCUCUGAAACCAGCAGAUCCAGCAAGAGCUCACGAUCUAAUCCUGGUCCUCCUACUCCUGAGAAAUAUGAGUCUACAAUGCGCUCCAAUGCCUCGAAGACUAAUCCAUCUGGAUCUCUAAAGAGAAAUUCUUCGAAGAAAACCAGGAUGGAUUCUUCUCAUAAGGAACAUUGGAACUGGCUUGAUCAGUGGAUGGAAGAGCGGUAUUGGGACGGCCGAGAAGUUUCAAAGAUUGUGGAAGAUGAUAAAAAUGCAAAGAUACUGGAAGUUGACACCGGCAAACCCACAAAGUUCAAUUCAAAACGUAAAAACAACAAUUUCUUAUCAUCUUCAUCCCCCAUGAACUCUGAUCAAAACACUCGUAGCUUAACUGCCGCUCCUGAUUCCCCUUCCAAAGACUCCACCACUGCUCAGCUAUCCAUUUCAAGCCCAUCCUCAUCAGUUGAUAUGCGGCGGUCUCUGAGCCCUCUCAGAUUCCCAAUUGUCGAGCCAGAGGAUUUGGGAGGAAGCCCUCAGUUCUUCUCUGCAACUUCGCUGGCCGGAAGCUCGAGGAGGGUGGCAUUAACACCUGCAAAGAGUGAUUACUCCAGAAGCUUGUUCAGUGGCUAUUCAGAUCACCCGAACUACAUGGCGAACACCGAGUCGUCAAGGGCGAAAGCUCGGUCGCAGAGUGCGCCAAAGCAGAGGCCGGAGUUCGAGAAAUUGAGCUCAAUCAAGAGGUUUUCCGGCCAGGGUUUGGGUGGGCAGAAGUCUUCGUUACAUGCCAAGUUUGUUAAUAAGGCAUACCCAGGAUCUGGAAGGCUGGAUAGAUUAGGGAUGCCUAUGAGGAUGUGAGUUAUUUGUCUAACAAGUUGCAGAAUAUUAUUAUCAGAGAAAUUGUGAAGUUCUUUUUGUUUCCUACUUGUUUCUUGGCUUUUCUCGGCUGUGUUUGCCUGUCUUGCUGCAGUAGUAGUCUAGUCCUCUUUUGUAAACACUUCUUAUUAGCUUGUAAGUUUGCUUUCUGAAAUUACUGUCUAGUGAUUCUGGAAUGGAGGGGAGGGCAAUAGUGAUAUCUAUUGCUGCUGCUUUGCUAUGAAAUUUGUAUGUCUCAUAGAGGAGUGAUCUAUGUUGUUGAUGCAUGGUAAAUGACAAUAUUUAAGUUUUGAAUU